ACCAGCAGGUGGUGCUGUGGCUUCUGCUCUUGCUGGGGGGGGCGUUGGGAAGAGAAGAAAAUCUCCCCUUGGAGCCCCCCCCGCUCCCGUGUUUCUGUUGCUGCUGUGGCCGGUCCCACCCUGGUCCAACCCUUCCAAGCAGGCAAUUGCUUGCAGGAGCCUUGUCCUUUCCCCUACCGAGGGCUCAGAAGAGAAAUUAAACAGAUCAGAGGAAUCCAUCCCAUUUUCAGUGUCCUUUUUAUGGGAAUAAAGAAAGGAAGACAGAUGGGGGUUGGAACUAUGUGAUCUGAGGGUCCUUUCCACGCCUAACUGUGGUUCUAUGGUGGUCCUGGGUGGUGUCCCGAGAGGAGAGGCACCGAAGGGCUUUCCCAGCUCUGCUGGAGCCCUUGGACGUGUGCCUGGAGAAGCUCAGCGUGACUCUGCCUCAGUUCCUCACCCCCAGGACAUGGCUCAUCCUGUCGCUGUGUUUCAGAGGCGUCUUGUGCAGAAAUACCCAUCGGUGGCUCCAAGGUGCUCGGUUGCUAUGGAGAUGGGGAUCCAGAGAAAUCCGGGCACUGGCAGAGCCUCGCUGGAGACUGGGAGCUGCUGGGAGCUCCUCUGCGCCGCGCUGUCCUGCCUCGGAGGGACAGCAUCCAGCGGCUGGAGCCGGCUGCAGAGCAAGGCCCAAGGGCCCCCACACGUGUCCCCAGUCCCUGUUGCUGGUGGCCCAGAGCUCCUUGGAUUCUGGGCUGAAAGCACGAGGUUGGCCUAUUGCCUUUAAAAGGCUAAAUGCUCCGGACUAAAUUUGGUCAUGCAGCUCUGCCUGGUUCCCUGGAAUGUCCUCGGGUUUCAGGCUCCUCUGAUAGCACCAUUCCCCGCCUCCCACCGGGCUCCAUUGGCUUCCCCGCUCCCAAAUCGCCGCUGGAUCCUGUUAUUGGCCAUCUCUUGGACCGAGGGGUGUCCCCUCUUUCUAACCACUAGAUCCCGGGGCUGCAGCCAUUGAGGCUUGCUGGGAUUUAACACUUCAGCACCUGCUGCUGCUGGGGAAGCAGUUGGAGCUUCGGCUUCUGGUUUUUCUCCUGCCUUGGGUCCCACACAACCGCCACCGUGUCUCGCCAGCGAGCCAAGAUGUCCAAAGUGGCCAAAUACCGGCGACAAGUCAGCGAAGAUCCUGACAUCGACAGUUUGUUGUCGACUCUGUCGCCAGAGGAGAUGGAAGAGCUGGAAAAGGAGCUGGAUGUGGUGGAUGCCGAUGGCAGCAUCCCUCUGGAGCUCAGGCAGGAAAACCAAACGGAGAACAGCCCGCAAAACUGCGCCACGACGCUCAACCACUGCGGGAAGGAGAGCAGGAAACGCCUUCAGAGGGAGCAGUCAAUAGAUGAAACCAGAUUGAGUGAGAAGAAAAAGGGAGCCAAGAAUGAAGAAGAGAAGGGAAAGGAAACUCCUUCCAAAGACCUGGCCCGGAAACGAGACACAAAGGUGGGGAAAGACUCUAAAAAGGAAGAAAGUGUUCAAAAAACAGACCCCAAAGUUAAAGCUGAAGUGGAGACUAAGACCAAAGAGAGGAAGACUAUCAACGAUAAAGUCCAGGCCAUGGAGAAAAAGAUGGUGGGGAAGGACAAAAAGGAAGAAGAGAAGGGUUCAGUGUUGAAGAAGAACACGGGGAAAGACAAAAAGGAGGAAAAGAAAGGCUCAGCAUUGAAGGAGGAUGCGGGGAAGGAUAAAAAGGAGGAAGAGAAGGGCUCAGCAGCAAAGAAGGAGAAGGACAAAAAGGAAGAAGAAAAGGCUUCAGCAUCGAAGAGCACAGGGAAGGACAAAAAGGAGGAAGAGAAGAGUUCCGGAUCAAAGAAACAGGCAGGGAAAGACAUGGAAGGAGAAGAUAAGAAAGAAACAGAUAAAAAGGAAGAGGAAAAGAGUUCAGCCUUGAAAAAAUCCAAGGAGGACGAGAAGGAGAAAGCGCAGCCGGAGGCAGGGAAGGCAGUGGAGGAGAAAGCAGCCAAGGCAGCGGCCGAGAGCAGCCCCCCCAAGCCCAGCCCCAACAGCUCCUCGGAUCAGGGCAAGGAUGAUGAAGCCUCCAGCAUUUUCGAUGAGCUCAUUGAGAAGGUGAAGAACAACGAUGCUGAGGUCACCGAGGUGAACGUCAACAACUCGGACUGCAUCAACAAUGAGACCCUGGUGCGCUUCACCGAGGCGCUGGAGUUCAACACCGUGGUCAAGCUCUUCGCCUUGGCCAACACCCGCGCUGACGACCACGUGGCCUUCGCCAUCGCCAUCAUGCUCAAGUCCAACAAGGUGUUGACCAGCAUCAACCUGGACUCCAACCACAUCACAGGCAAGGGCAUCCUGGCCAUUUUCCGGGCGCUGCUGCAGAACAACACGCUGACGGAGCUGCGCUUCCACAACCAGCGGCACAUCUGUGGCGGGAAGACGGAGAUGGAGAUCGCCAAGCUCCUGAAGGAGAACACCACGCUCCUGAAGCUGGGCUACCACUUCGAGCUGGCCGGGCCACGCAUGACAGUCACCAACCUGCUGAGCCGAAACAUGGACAAACAGAGGCAGAAACGCCUCCAGGAGCAGAAAUUAGCCCAGGAGCGGGGGGAGAAGAAAGACCUCCUGGAGGUGCCCAAGCCCGGGGCUCUGCCGAAGGGGUCCCCCAAGCCAUCCCCACAGCCGUCCCCCAAGGCGUCCCCUAAAAGCUCUCCCAAGAAAGGGGGGGCACCCGCUGCGCCACCACCACCUCCUCCUCCGCUCGCCCCACCGCUGAUCAAUGAGAACCUGAGGAACUCGCUCUCACCGGCCACGCAGAGGAAGUUGGGAGACCGGGCGCUGCCGGUCCAGGAGAAGAACUCACGGGACCAGCUCCUGGCAGCCAUCCGCUCCAGCAACCUCAAACAGCUCAGGAAGGUGGAGGUGCCGAAGCUGCUGCAGUAGGGACGGGAUGGCAUUCCCCCCGCAGCCCGGCGUGCCCAGGACACUCGCCUUUCCCGGGACUGUUUCCACGACAAACCCUUUGGGACCCUGCAGUGACCAAGCCGAGGAGCAGCGUUCCCUCUGGGAUGGACACGGAAGGGCCACCGCGGCCGAUGGAUGCGGCGCGGGAGGAAGACCUUCUAUUUAUUGUCCUUACGGUUGUGAAGCCUUCAAGCUCUUCCCUUUGCCAGCACCGUGUCCCGCUCCGUGCCGGGGACACAGGAGGGAUCUGCAGAGCUGGUCCUGAUGGGAAGCUCCUCUUGGAGCACACCAAAGGGGCUUGCCUGGAGUGCUCCAGCCUGGGCGAGUGGAGGUCCCCCCCAAGCCUUGCUUUAGGGAGGGGCAGGUGACAGCCAGACCAUCAUCAUGACUUGUGUCCCCGUGGUGGCUCUGGAUGGCCGGGAGGGUGACGGGGUGCAGACACCGUGGUGGGGUGCAGGAGCUGUGGUGGGGUGCUGGCUUGUGGGGUGCUGGAUGGACCCCAGGAGGAAUCAGGAGGUGGUGGUUCAGGUUUGAGGGGGGUUUCCCCUCUUCUUCACUAUGAAGGAAGUUCACCCAUGAGGGUGGUGGGACACUGCGAUGGGUUGAGCGGAGAAGCUGUGGCUGCCCCGUCCCUGGCAGUGUCCACGGCCGGGUUGGACACAGGGGCUUGGAGCGGGAGGUGUCCCUGCCCCUGGGUUGGAUCGAGAUGGUCUUCAAGGUCCCUUCCACCCCAAACCAUUCCAUGAGUCCAUGACUCCUGACCCACCUUCUCCACACCCCACCUGACCCACGGGACGCUGCUGGUCCCCAAAGCACCCCCCGAGGAAGGGCAGCUCCAGCUUGGGGGGGGGGGCAGUGGGUUUUGGGGUCCCGGCGUGAAGCUUCGCUGCGCUCUGUAUCGCUGCGGCCACGGCACCGGCAAUAAAGCUCACCCAACGCUA